AUGUUUAGUUCACUGAAAGCAAAAUUCACCAAAGUGCUUCCAAGUCCAGCAGAGAAAAACAUACAAGAUGUUCCAGACCCUCCGAAACCAUCACCUCAGCCACCACCUCAACAGGAGGAAGAUAAGAAGGUAAAAGAAGAAAGUAAAAACACAAAUGAUGCUGUGAAAAAAGAGACAGAAAACACUGCAGAGCCAGACCCAAAGCAACAAGAUGCAGCAGGGCCUCCAGAAAAAGAACCCGAUCCCCCUCCAGCUGACAAGCCUGCUGAGGCAACACAACAGGAAGAGGCACAGCUGGUCAAGGAGAAAGAAGAGACAGCCACGACAGAGAAUAAGCGACCAGGAACCCCCAUAAAUGAAUAUGCUCAAACUCAGCUGCAAGAAAUCAUCAAGCAGAUGCGAGAAAGGACAGCCACGUAUAAAGAAAAACUGAGUGACCCGGUCAUCUCCUCUCCUGAGCCCAGUCCAACAGCAACACCCAAAAAGACGGCGCCACCCCCUCCGCCAAAAGAAGAGAAAAAGGAGGAGAAAAAAGAGGAGAAAAAAGAAGAGGAGAAGAAACCAGAAGAAGCAAAACCAGAGGAGCAUUACUGUGAUAUGCUGUGCUGCAAAUUCAAGAGGCCGCCCAUGAAAGAAUACUUGAGGAAAAUGAAGCUACCAGAAAGUAUAGAUGCAUACACAGAUCGUCGCUAUAUAGGAUGGCUGUUUUUGGUUACCGUUGCUUAUAACUGGAACUGCUGGUUCAUCCCACUGCGAUUGGUAUUCCCGUUUCAGACACCAAGCAACAUGAUAUACUGGAUUGUGAUAGACAUUUUAUGUGAUAUCUGCUAUGUCUGUGAUCUGCUGAUAUUUCAACCCCGAGUACAAUUCGUGAGAGGUGGAGAUAUAAUAUCAGAUAAAGUAGAAAUGAAGAAAUACUACCGGAGCACGUUAAAAUUUCGGCUUGAUGUGUUUUCUGUAAUACCGUUUGACGUCUUGUACGUUGUGUUUGGAUUUAAUGCAAUAUUUAGAGCAAACAAGGUGGUGAAGCAUCUCACGUUCUUUGAAUUCAAUGACCGACUGGAGGCGAUCAUGGAAAAAGCAUACAUUUACAGGGUCGUUCGAACUACUGGGUACCUGUUGUUUAUCUUGCAUCUUAAUGCAUGCCUGUAUUACUGGGCUUCAACCUACGAAGGACUCGGCAGCACUAAAUGGGUAUACGAUGGCAAAGGAAACAUGUAUCUAAGAUGUUACUACUGGGCAGUUCGCACUUUAAUCACUAUCGGUGGGCUUCCAGAACCAGUAACCAUGUUUGAAAUCAUCUUUCAACUUCUGAACUUCUUCUCAGGGGUCUUCGUAUUUUCCAGCUUGAUUGGUCAGAUGCGAGAUGUCAUUGGCGCAGCGACAGCAGGGCAGAACUACUACCGUGCCUGUAUGGAUAACACUGUAUCUUACAUGAACGUCAACACAAUCCCAAGAAUUGUUCAGAAUCGUGUUCGAACUUGGUAUGAGUAUACGUGGGAUUCGCAAGGAAUGCUGGAUGAAUCUGAAUUACUGGAGCAGAUGCCAGGGAAGAUGCAGCUAGCCAUUGCAAUCGAUGUGAACUUUGCCAUUGUCAGUAAAGUCGACUUGUUCAAAGGAUGUGAUAACCAAAUGAUCUGUGACAUGCUGCUGAGACUGAAAUCCAUUGUGUAUUUACCUGGUGACUUUGUCUGCAAAAAGGGAGAAAUUGGUAGAGAAAUGUACAUCAUCAAACAAGGAGAGGUUCAAGUGCUGGGAGGUCCUGAUGGCACCAAGGUCCUGGUCACCUUGAGAGCAGGAGCUGUAUUUGGAGAGAUCAGCCUAUUAGCUGCAAGCGGGGGAAAUCGGCGGACUGCAAAUGUGGUGGCCCAUGGAUUUGCCAACCUCUUCAUUCUUGACAAGAAGACCCUCAAUGAAAUCUUGGUGCACUACCCUGACUCUGAAAAGCUCCUGAGGAAGAAGGGAAAAGUGCUCAUAAAGAAGGCAGGCAAGCCUGUGGGAGGACCAACAGCACCUGCCAAAGGCUUGACCCUCUUAACACAGAAAGUAGAACCACCCAAGAUGUUCCAAGCGCUGCUGGGUGGAAAAGGUGGCGGCAUGGCGGCUGUUAUCCAGCUGAAGAGACAGAUGGAGGAACAGGAGGAAAAAGAAAAGGAAGAACAAGCAAAGAAAGAAAAAGAAGAACGAGAAAAGGCGGAAAAGGAAAAGAGAACCAAGCUUGAAACCAAACCUACAGAAAUAAACCCAACACAGUCUGCAGAGGCCAAAGAGCCACAGAUGCAAGCGGAACCGUCUGCCCAUAAGGAAGAACCAGCUCCCAGCAGCCAGCCAACACCACCGGCUCCUCCUAAACCAAAUUUACUCAGAGGAACCACUAACCAGUCCCUUAUCAUUAGCAUGACUCCUUCCAGCACCCCAGGAGAAGGAGAUAUUCUUACUGUUGAAGUCAAAGUGAGGGAUCAAGUAUAACUGGUGGAUCUUCUUGCUGUGCAUUGUACCCAGUUCUGGGUGCCCAAUUCAAUUUUACAGGACUAAAUCUGCUUAUUUUUAGAUACAUGUUUCUACUGAAAUUAGUCCCCCCCCCCUCUAAGUUUGCAUCUAUACAGGUUCCUCACACCUAUCUUAGUAUAAAAAAUACAAGGCCUCUCCCUUCUGCACCUCAGCUGGAGAAAAUGGCCUUUUGGAAGGCCUUUCUUCAUUGGGACUGCCAUCUUGGGCCAAAUUAACCCCCUCCUCCCCACCCCGGCUGAGACAAGUUUGAUGGGGAACAGGUUUGCUUGACAGUAGAGGAAAAAGCUCUCUGGCUGGUUUGCUUCUAUUGAAAUUGUCUCCUACAUCCUAAGAAGCAGCUCUGCUUUGCGGAGUAUUACACAGCCCUUGGAGAGCAACAAGGUGGGUAUGAGAGCUCAUAAUAGGUUCUCCCCAGUAGAGUUCUUUCCUUAUGGCCCUCCAUCCUGUUUCACUAUUUCAUUUAGAGCAGCAAGCCUCCAGAGUAACAGCCCCAUUUCUUCCUCUCCUCGGCUAAUAAACCACUGUUGGCAGAAAGGUCAGAUCCUACCUAACUGAGCUGUUUUAAACCCAAUCUGCUGCUUUAUGAGCCUUUUUCUGUUCUAAUGUCAUCAGAUUAGGGAAAGGAGCCCAGCAAGAGGACAUCAGUUAACCCUUGUGCUUCACAUUUGCUCCAAAGUAUUAAAAUAUCUGUGGCAGAGCAAAAAUUCAGAAAAGGUUGCUGCAGAGAUAUUAGCAUAUUAGCAAAUUUUGAUUUCUCUCCUCUUAUCAUUAGGACCCUGUGGUUCUGUUCUCCAGAAAGAAGUAACCCAUGCCUUUUGGGGGUAAUUAUUUCUGGAACUAGGCUAAGAAGACGACUGAACUUGCAGCUACUCCUAAUGAAAUUUUUGCAUAAAGAAAGUAAAACAUGGUUGAGGAACAGCCAUAGAGUGGGCUUCCCACUGGACUAUUAACCAGACAAAGAAAUCUGGGUACCCACUCCAUAUGUUCAUCCUGAUUUAAAGUAGAUGUCUUCUAUCUGUUCUGACUGAACCUGGCUCUCCAGGACCAAAGUUUUUUCCCUUGCAGAUUUAUUCAUUUAAGGCAUAUUUUCCCUGCUCUUAGCACAAGAAAGUUGUGACUUGGAGUGAUGUGGUGGCUUGGGCGCCUGCAGGCUCCGCGCUGCCCCAGUCUGCCUGCUGACUCCCCCUCAGCUGUAGGGCGACUGAGGGGAGGAU